AUGGACAACACGACUGAAACCAGUGAUGUUCGGCACACCGAUCUUACCGGCAGAGUUAUAAUCUCUGUCAUCUUCGGGAGCAUCAUUCUCAUCGGUAUUAUCGGCAAUAUGUUGGUCAUUAGCCUGAUAGUGCUGGUGAAGAAGCUGCAUUCAGUGGUGAACCUGUGUCUGGGCUGUCUGGCUGUGGUGGAUCUGAUGGUGCUGGUGUUCCUGCCUAUUACUCCGUGGCUUAAUCUUUACGAUAUGGGACACUCAUCUUUAGGACGAAACUUCUGUAUUGUCCUAGGGCCUAUGGAUAGACCAGUCCUGGUCUGCUCCGUUCUAAUUUUCCUGUUGAUAGGAGUGAAGCGCUAUACGAUUGUGUGCCAUCCACUAAAGUCGUUAGGAUGGUGGACACGGAAGAAAGUCUGUCUACUACUGGUCAUCAUCUUCGUGACCUCUGCUGGGGUGGCCGUGCCAAUUGGAAUAGUCACCAGAUAUGAUGAUGCUGACAUUAAUGGCAAUAGAAAUUUGACCAAUAACCGUGUUGAUCUGAUAAAUGAUCAACAGUUAAAUGAUCCUAUCCUUAAAACCAAAAGUGCUAUAGAGAAGCGACUGUCCAGGAGUCGGUGGAAGUUGUACAGCUAUGUCCCGUUCUCAAGUCGCUGUGAUGCUCGUGGUGUUCCUUACAGUAUUUGUUAUCUGCAAUCUGCCUCGUAA